ACCCCUGGAUUCAAUAAAACCAUCCCUUCUCCAAAGGGUGAGCUCUCCAUAUAUUUCUGGGUGGAAAGGAGAAAAAAAAAAGCACUUGAAGUCUACUUUCAAUACCCAUUCAAACCCUAUGCUGCGUUUGACACACUCCCAGUAAUGGAGUGAAAAAAAAGAAAGUUUCCUGACUGAUUUCAACCAAAUUUGGUGAUUUUAAACCAAAUUACAGAAAAUUAAAAACCCUGUACGGGAAACUUUAAUGAAAACAGAUGUCAACAAAAUGGUAAUGUUCCUGACAUCCUGAUUGGUCUGACAUGCCUCGAAUUUUGUGGGGUUUAAUUCCUUUUUAUGUCAUCUCCCUGCUGUGCCCAGUGCCAAAGGGACUAGAAGAUAAUUCUAAUAACGCUUCAACCCACCGUGGAUCUACAGAUGGCCCCUGCUACGAUGCCAAACAAAGGCCAAAGUACUGCAUACCAGAUUUUAUCAAUGUGGCUCUGGGGCAAGAGGUAAAAACAUCCAAUACUUGUGGGCGUUCCCCCCAGAAACUUUGCUAUUUCCUAGACGCCACAAAUGUGACAUCGCGUAGGUGUCAACUGUGCGAUCAAAAAAAAUCAGAGACUUCCUAUCCUCCUUCAUACAUGACUGACACAGAUGCUGAAACAUGUUGGCGGUCAGAAAGUGGAAUUACAUUUCCUCAGAAUGUUACCUUGACUCUUCCUUUAGGCCGUAGAUUUGAGUUAGUUUAUGUGAGCUUACGAUUUUGUUCUCCUCGUCCUGAUUCCAUGGCAAUCUAUAAAUCUAUGGACAAUGGAAAGACAUGGAUUCCAUUCCAGUACUAUUCUACUCACUGUCGUCGGGUGUAUAAUCAACCAACCACAAGUGCCAUUACAAAACCCAUGCAGCAUGAAGCUACGUGUACUGACUUCCAAACUGGAGUCAAACCUCUCACUAAAGGACUUGUAGCAUUCAUGCCAUUGGCAGGCCGUCCUUCAGCCCGUAGAUUUGAAUACAGCCCUGUUUUGCAAGACUGGGUAACUGCUACAGAUAUUCGUGUGGUCUUUAAUCGCCUUCAUCAUGGCAAAAAAAUGGAGAUUCGGAGGAAGACAGCUUUCUAUGGUGUCUCUGAGCUACAGGUUGGUGGCAGGUGUAAAUGUAAUGGUCAUGCAUCCCGCUGCAUUGAUGGAAAAGAGGGACUUACUUGUGAGUGUCAGCACAACACAAUUGGUCCAGAAUGUGAUGCCUGCAAACCAUUCUACUAUGACAGGCCCUGGCAGAGAGCAACACCAAGCAACGCACAUGAGUGUGUGGCUUGUGAGUGCAACUUGCAUUCCCAUCGUUGUCGCUUUAACAUGGAGCUGUACAAGCUUUCCGGGCGAAAAAGUGGAGGCAUAUGCUCAAAUUGCCGGCACAACACUGCUGGGCGUCAUUGUCACUACUGUAAGCAGGGAUACAAGCGGGACAUGAGUAAACCUAUUAAUAGUCGAAAGGCCUGUAAACCCUGCCAGUGCCAUCCAAUUGGGGCAAUAAAUGCAAUAUGCAACCAGACAACAGGCCAUUGUCAGUGCAAAAGUGGUGUCACUGGAAUGACCUGCAAUCGCUGUGCUCAAGGAUUCCAACAAAGCCGAUCUGCACACAUGCCUUGCAUCCGCAUACAGGAGGAGAUGACAACCACAACAGCUUAUCCUCUGGAAUGGAAAGCAGGUACAGAAUGCCAGUCCUACUGCAAACCAUCCCAUAGUCGUGUGCACAUGAGCCUACGUAAAUAUUGCAAAAAGGACUAUGUUCUUCGUGCGCAGCUCUUAACUAUGGAGAAGUCUGGAGAGUGGUGGCAAUUCACAGCCACAGUGCUAACAGUAUAUAGGCAGAGGAGGGUGCCCAUUCGCCGUGGUGACCAACCUAUAUGGGUACCUGAUCAGGACUUAUCAUGUGACUGUCUCCGUGUGCAGGUGGGCAAGUCGUACCUAAUUAUUGGCAAUGAUGAGGAAUCUCCAGACCCAGCCCGACUGAUUUUGGAUAAGAAUAGCCUUGCACUUCCAUGGCGUGAUGUUUGGGCCCACAAACUGAGACGAUUUCAGCAGCAAAACCGUCGUGGAAAAUGCAGAUUGUCAUGAUUAGUCUGUUGCUAAAAAAAAAGGAAGCUGCUUAGUAAUGCAAGUGUUUUAAGUGUCAGUUGUUGUCUCAAAGCAGAACCAUGUAGAUUGGAAUAAUUACCUUGACCUGUUAUCCGAACCUUCACAUAAUUUUAUGUGGCUCACUACCUCUAUAUUACAGAAUAUAUCAACUGUAAAUUCUGGCUGAGAUAUGGAAAUAUUUGAGUCCAAUAAAAUAUUUAGCCAUUA